AUGCAUCGCCCCUUACCAUCCUACCUUGUGUCCCUGACGCUGUCGGUCCUCGUUCUGCGCGAAUCCUCCGUCUUCGUCGCCGCAGCAGCGCAGUGCUACAGCGUCAACGGGCAAAAGAGCUCGGGGGUGUCGUGCAACGCGGCGGCGACGGGAUCUGGCGGAGCGGGCUCGCACUCGGCAUGCUGCGACGACAGCAGACAGGAGGCGUGCCUGUCGAGCGGCCUCUGCCUCGCCACGCAGCGCACCGACAAUCAGACCUUCUGGGCCGAGGGCUGCACAGAUCCUACGGGGCUCGACACCGCGUGCCCGUCCUUCUGUGGCAUGUCCAGCCAGUUCAUAUCCAUGCCCGUCCAACCUUCCUACACAAUGUUAUUCUGCGGAAGCGGGCAGUGGUGCUGCUGCUUCGACAACCUGGGGGCCGUGUGCAACCAGACGGAAUGCUGUUCGCGCAACUUCACGCUGGGUACCCGGGGGUUAGGCACGGUGGUUCGGCAGCUGGACAAUACGGGGUCGGCAUCACUCUCCUCCGGCCCUCCUGGGUCAAGCGGCAGCAGCGGCGGCAGCGGUGGCAGCGGCGGCAGCGGCAACGCCGGCGACGACUGCCAGCCCGGACGCGGCAAUAACUGCUCCUCGUCCAACGGCAACGACUGGCGGGGGAUGCGGCUGAUCACCAUCGUGCUGGUGGGCGGGCUGCUGGGGUCGCUGCUGCUUGGGGCGAUCGCGGCGACUUGCUGGCAGUGCACGCAGAACCGGAGGCUGCGGCGACAGGUCCAGACACUCGAGAACAACAACACCAGCGGAAACUUGGCGGCCAAGCGCAAGGCGUCGUACAGCGGCAGCAGCGCCAGCCACCACAGCAGCAUCCUGUCGUCGCGAUCGCGGCCGAGCAUGUCGGUGCAGCGGCUGACGACGUACUUACCGCCCCCGCCGCACGACGACUCGGCGCUGUCGCCGUCGCCGGACACGUAUGACCACGGCGGCGGCGGCGGGUUGGCGACCCCGACCAUGGCGUCCAACGUGGCGUACCAUCAGCAUCUGAUGAUGAUGCACCAGCAGCAGCAGGCGCCGCAGACGCCGGGCGGGGGAGCGCCCCCGGGUUACGGGUUCCCCGGGGUGGCCGUGAUGCAGAUGCCAGGGCAGGGCAGGAGGCCGUCGUGGCCCAGGAACGCGAGGCAUACAGACGGCCGCGACCUGUUCGAUCCCAACUACAGCGUCGGCGUCGCCAUUUCCGAGCUGCCUACAGAAAAGGAUCAGCGGUGA